GCUUUCCGCUGCCCCUCAAAUCUACAUAUUUUUGAAAGGAGAAUAUCCUUUCGCACGUACUUCUCAGUUCCCCCCCCCCCAAUUGGCUUUUUGUUUUUGUUUGUUUUCCUGCAACGUUCGAUCUUCGGUUUCCUUUUCUCCGUUUUCUCUCCUUUCCUCUGUUUCUUCUUUCCUCUGUUGUCAUCACCUUAAACACAUAAUAAGCGUCUUUUCUUUGUUUAUGUAUUUCUGCCGCACGCACCGUCAGAAGGAACUCCCCGCUCUUUUCUCUAUCCUCUCACUGUAGACACGCUGGAAAGGCGCCUCUUCCAUUUUCUUUUCCUUCCCUCUCAAGUCGAAGCGACGCUCUCCGUUUUUGAGACACGAACUUCCAAACUGACUUCUCUCUUUUUACGUUGAGACGCUGUUGUUUGUGGUUUUUUUUUCAAUUUGGCGGGCAUUUCCCUCUCUCCGCUUUUACCGCACGUUGUCCUGAAAUAAUAGUUCAGUUAAUUGUGUCUUCUGCACGUCCGCUUCUCCUGUUUCGUGUUUUCACAGAUCGCGGCUUUGCUGGCUCUUUACGUUGACGCAAAAUAUUGCCUCUUUAAAGCAAACAAAAAAUACCUUUUUACCUGUUUUUCGCUCUCUCUUAGCUCUAUACACACUUACCCCUCACACACUCGCACACGCGUAAUUCGAUAUUCACCAUUCUGGUUUCUCAGAUCGCCCUGUCUUGCAGGAAGUGUUUUGUUCUUCUUGUUUCCUUUAUCUCGCUAGGCUUUUCUUUCUUUUUCCUAUCUGUCUCUGACGACACGUCGCACCGGUGCUGACCCACUUAUCUGACCCUUACUGCUUUAUCUUCCCCUUGCUUCUAGUCCCGUGUUUCUGCGAGACAGCAACGCGGCAAAAAAAAAAGGACCUCGCAAAAACGAACUAAUUGCCGCCUUUUGUUUUGCGAUUACUAUUAUCUUAUUUAUUACUGUUUCGGGUUCGUCAAUCCGCGGCAGUUUUCCCUGUGAAGCAAAUCACCCUAUAUAUAUAUAUAUAUUCAAGAUGUCUGACGCAGACACAAUACGGCUCAACAGCGGCAACGUGGGUCUGCCGGUGCCGCCGAGCAACAGUGACACUCCGCUAGAUCCGAUGCAAGGAAUUCUGGGGAAAACGCCGGACUGCAAAUACGUGAAGAAGCGCCUGCUCGGCCAGGGCAGCUUCGGCAGCGCCUGGAAGGUUGAGGAGAGCGCCACCGGCAAGAUGCUCGCCGCAAAGGUGAUGGAUUUAAAUAGCAUGAGUGAGAAGGACCGUGGAUUCGUGACGAACGAGGUGAAGUGCCUGUCGCGGUGCAACAACCCGCACAUCGUGCGUUGUGAGAAUGCCAUCGAGAAGAGCGGGCAGCUUUUGAUCGUGAUGGAGUACGCGGACGGCGGUGACCUGUACAAGCAGAUCAAGGCGCGCGUGGCGAGCAUGAAGUACUUCCGUGAGCACGAGGUGGUUUACAUCUUUCUUCAGCUAUGCCUUGCUCUAGAUCACAUUCACUCGAACAAGAUGAUGCACCGUGACUUGAAGACGGCCAACAUUUUGCUGACCACGACGGGCCUCGUGAAACUGGGUGACUUUGGCUUCUCUCGCCAGUACGAGGACUCGCUGACCAAGCCCGUCGGCUCCACGUUCUGCGGCACACCGUACUACCUCAGCCCCGAGCUGUGGAAGCGCCGUCCCUACAGCAAGAAGAGCGAGAUGUGGGCCCUUGGCGUGGUGCUGUAUGAAAUGAUGGAACUGACCCGCCCCUUCACCGGCAAGAACAUGGACGAGCUCAUCACGAACAUCUGCCACGGCUAUCGGCCGGAUCUGUCGCCGCGCUACUCGGAAGGUCUGCGAGAGGUGUGCAACCGACUCCUCUGCAUCGACCCCGCCGAGCGCCCGACGAUUCAGGAGCUCUUUCAGGUGCCGCUUAUUCGCGCUAAUCUGGAGACAUUGAAGCGCAGUGUGGAGCGGCACGAGAAGAUCCCGCUUGACGUGCGGGAGGCCAUCGGGCGGUGCAUCGUGCAGGCCCUCUCCCACCAGGCGACGCCAACGCCGAUCGACGAGCCGCGGACGCUGAUGGGGAUGGUGCGGCGGCACACCGCCCUGCGUGGGUGGCAGCCGUGUCAGCUCAGUUUCGACCGCAAGCAGAUUUCUAUUCGUGACCCGUCCGGCGUGGAUCCGGAAGAAACGGUGCCGGUGGACACGCUGACCUCUGUCUGCCCGAUUGACGUGAUCAUGGCAGGAGAGGAGUUCGUCUUUGCCAUGAAGAAUCAAACGGGCAAGGCGUUCUGGUUUAUGGCGCCGGAUGCGAAGUCGUAUGGGGAAUGGCUAGCGACGUUGCAGAACGCCGCUCUGUAA